CUUCGGCCUCCUGCUUUUCAGAUUGAAGGGACUUGUGCUUCUCGCUCUCUCUCCGCCAGUGGCAGCGUUUGAAGGAGGAUCUUUAAAAAAAAAUCAUUGCAAAGGUCAUCAGAAAUUCUUUGGAAGGGAGCGUUUCCGCCUUGAGCAGAGAAUGGCCCAAAGUCCUGCUCUGUCCCGGACCGUCGUCUCCUUGGGGCUCCUCUUCUUGGUCCACGGAACCCACUGCUUGUUCUUGCCCAACGCAACCCACCUGGAAAGCAUCUUGAACCGAUACCAGGAUCCGCAGCCCCACUCCAGGAUCAGGAGGGCCAUUUCCCGAUCCGACAAAGAGGAGAUCCUGAUGCUUCACAAUAAGCUGAGAGGCCAGGUCUACCCUUCGGCAUCCAACAUGGAGUACAUGAUAUGGGAUGAUGAGCUGGAGAGAUCUGCUGAAUCCUGGGCCCAGCAAUGCGUUUGGGAUCAUGGCCCUGCCACCCUCCUGAUGUCUAUUGGUCAAAACCUGGCAGUUCAUUGGGGCAGGUACCGAUCUCCAGCAUUCCAUGUCCAGUCUUGGUAUGAUGAAGUUAAGGACUACACAUACCCGUAUGCUCACGAAUGUAAUCCGUGGUGCCCCGAGAGAUGCUCUGGACCGAUGUGCACUCAUUACACACAGAUUGUUUGGGCCACCACCAAUAAGGUCGGCUGUGCUGUGAACGUCUGCCAGAGGAUGAAUGUGUGGGGCGAGACCUGGGAAAAUGCCGUCUACCUGGUCUGCAACUAUUCUCCCAAGGGGAACUGGAUCGGAGAAGCGCCAUACAAACACGGCAGACCUUGCUCUGAGUGCCCACCUAGUUACGGAGGAGGCUGCCAGAAUAACCUGUGCCACAAAGAUGAUCGUUAUGUCCCAAAGCCGGAGGUGGAGGAGACCAACGAAGUGGAGACGCCCCAAGUGACAGAGGACAAACAUACGUGGGUGCAAGAGAGGGUGACCAAACCCACCAAGGAGAGGAAAUCGUCUGCCGCAACUUACAUGACACAAGCCAUAAAGUGUGACACCAAAAUGAGGGACAGAUGCAAAGGAUCGACCUGUAACAGAUACCUGUGUCCGGCUGGCUGCUUGAACAACAAGGCAAAAGUGUUUGGGACUUCCUUCUACGAAAGCUCCUCCAGCAUCUGCCGAGCGGCCGUUCAUUCUGGGAUGCUGGAUAACCGAGGAGGCCUGGUGGAUAUCACCCGGAGGGGCAGAGCCGACUUCUUUGUGAAAUCGGCAAGAAACGGUGUCGAGUCUUUAAGCAAAUUCAAACCUUCAAAUUCCUUCGUUCUUUCAAAAGUCACAGUGCAGACGCUGGACUGUUACACCACGGUGGAGGAGCUCUGUCCAUUCAAGAAACCAGCCGCUCAUUGCCCCAGAUCCUACUGUCCAGCUUACUGCAAAGAAGAACCUUCCUAUUGGGCACCGGUUUACGGCACGAACGUUUAUGCAGAUAGUUCCAGUAUCUGCAAGGCUGCCGUGCACGCUGGAGUCCUGACGGAUAACGCUGGCGGUUACAUAGAUGUGAUGCCUGUGGAGAAGAAGAAAUACUACAAAGGUUCCCUGAAGAAUGGGAUCCAAUCAGAGAGCCUAAAGACCCCAAGAGAUGGGAAAGCCUUCCGAAUUUUUGCCGUGAAGCAGUAAAUUUCCUGGAGCGCAUUGGAAGGAGAACGUUGCAGCGUUCCGGAGAGAUGGGAAGAUGAAGCGUGAUGGCGUUUGUCCUGAAAUGUAGUACGAGAAAAACUCUGUUAGCCAAACUCUUCCUUCAGGGGAAAACAGAACUAAAAGUGGGAGGGAUACCUUUCUGAUUUGACCGAUUUACAUCUUAUCGGCAUCAGCUCAGUCACGUAUUAUAUCUAAUUUCCGGUCAUCUGACAAUGGUUGUAAGUUCAGAUAAUGAGGCAGAGAGAUUAACAUCUCCCCUUGUCCAAAGAUAGUGUAUUACAUGUCAUGGGAUUGACUGUUACUGAAAUGAGAGGGGGUGGGGUGGGGACUCACGAAAUGGCUGACAUUAUGUAGAAGAAGGACCAAGAUGGAUGGAGAAUUUUCACAUCAACUUGGAGGCAGCUCCUCUAGAAAUUCCCCUCGAUAAUUUCCCAUUGAAUAAAGAACUGCCACUUGGGGGAAAUCUUGAAUGGUCAAAAAUAGGAUAAAUUGGAUCCACUGAGUAUAAUGUUGUAGACUUGUUCUGGAGUCAUUGGAAAAGACAGUGAAACUGUGGUACCUUUCUGGGCAGGUGGGAUGAAAAGAAAGCAGCCUUGGGAAAUAACACCUCUUCCUGGAAAUUGUGCAUUUCUAGAGAAGAAGUGGGAAAUAGAAGCAAUCUGGGUUUGCUGGCCAAACCAUGUAAGGAAGUUCGGAAGCUAGGUGGUGUUCGCUAGAAGUUCAAAGAAUUAGGAUCCCCAUCUGGGCACAUUUCGAUUGAUAGUAAGUUAAGACAGCAUUGAUUUAUUUCCAAGUAAAUGCAAUUUAUUUUAUUCAGCAGUGCUGGUCAUAUUCUUAUAUAAGCAAUGCUCUCUAAAAAAAUGGUCUUUAUUUUGCUAGAAAGUUAAGUAUCUUUACAAAGGAUAUGUGCUUUUCUUAAUUUGUACAGAUUUUGGCUUUAUUAUUUACAUAUCUAUAAUUAUUAAAAAGCCAAUAGGGCUGAACUUG